GGGGGAAAAAAAAAAGGCGUGGGACUCGGCGGAAGCGGCGCCUGUACUUGUUGCCACGUCGGAGUACUUUGGCGGACCAGAGUAAUUCAUUUCAAAGAGAGAAGAAGGAACUUUUUCGAGUGUUUAACCGAAGUCAUGGUUUCCGUUAUUAACACGGUGGACACCUCGCAUGAGGACAUGAUUCACGAUGCCCAGAUGGAUUAUUAUGGGACUCGACUCGCCACCUGUUCCUCGGACCGUACCGUCAAGAUCUUUGAUGUCAGGAAUGGAGGACAGAUUCUUGUGGCAGACCUCAGAGGCCAUGAAGGCCCGGUCUGGCAGGUAGCGUGGGCUCACCCCAUGUUCGGCAACAUUCUGGCCUCCUGUUCCUACGAUCGUAAAGUCAUCAUCUGGAAGGAGGAGAACGGCACCUGGGACAAGAUGUACGAGUACACCGGACACGAGUCGUCAGUGAACUCAGUCUGCUGGGGUCCCUAUGAGUUCGGGUUAAUCUUGGCCUGCGGCAGCUCCGACGGGGCGAUUUCUCUGCUCACGUUUACUGGAGAUCAGCAGUGGGACGUGAAGAAGAUCAGCAACGCACACACUAUCGGUUGUAACGCAGUGAGUUGGGCUCCUGCUUUAGUUCCAGGCAGCCUGAUCGAUCAGCCGUCGGGGCAAAAGCCAAACUACGUCAAACGCUUCGUCUCCGGAGGCUGCGACAACCUGGUCAAACUCUGGAAAGAAGAAGACGGUCAGUGGAAGGAGGACCAGAAGCUGGAGGCGCACAGUGACUGGGUGAGAGACGUCGGCUGGGCUCCUUCCAUCGGUCUUCCCACCAGCACCAUCGCCAGCUGCUCCCAGGAUGGACGCGUGUUUAUUUGGACAUGUGAUGACCCUGCAGGCAACACGUGGACGGCCAAAUUGCUCCACAAGUUCAACGACGUGGUUUGGCACGUCAGCUGGUCCAUCACUGGAAACAUACUGGCUGUUUCAGGUGGAGACAACAAGGUGACGCUGUGGAAGGAGUCGAUGGAUGGCCAGUGGGCGUGUAUUAGUGACGUCAGCAAAGGCCAGGGCGCCGUCUCAACCAUCACAGACACGCAGCAGAUCGAGCAGUGACGAAGCCGAACGUUAAAGUCAACCCCCGGUGCCCACGACGUUGACCCCAGCCUUAAUAUGACAGAGACGCUGGACGUUUGGACCGAUGAGAACAUGUCCAGAGUGAUGUCUUAAUCUGUUUCUGAGUGCUGGACGACCGCCACAAUUCCACAAUUUAUUUUAUUUUCUCCGUAUUCUGGAUGGAAAAUAAUCAUUUUCAAUUCAAACAUUUGUUUUUUUUUUCUAUUUUGAUGUUCAGAAAUCCAAAUCUCAGUUUCUUAUGUGGCAACAUCUUUUUUUAAUCAUCACUCCAGUUAAUAUGUGGUUUGUCCAUAAGUUGUAUUUAAAUCCGACAGAACAAUUCCUUCAAAUAUUCUGUUUUGGUCGUUUUUCAAACAUUUUGAUGCGUUUCCUGAAAAGUCUGCGAACAAGGUGACAUUAAUCGGAGGUUUAAACUCAGAAAAUGACUUCUUGAUUGAUUAGGACUCACUUCUCAACAGGUUCAUCAUAAACCUGCUUCAAUCGGUUUCAGUGACGGACAGAAAUUAACAGCCGAAGUGGUUGCCAGGGCAACUACAAAUGGAAAGUAAUCGUGAACAGUGUGGGAGUUUUCGCUCCCAGGAGUAAAACCACAAACCUUUAUUUCAUAUGUGAUGUAAUUAAAUAAUUCUUAAUGUUA